UUGCUAACCGUGUCAGUUUCGAAAGAAUUCACUUAACGAAAAUGCUUCGAAAAUAUUCUUUGGUAGCUGUAUUGCUCGCCAUCUUGAGUUCAAGUCUUGGUAGUGAUUUCUAUGAAUGUCCAGAUGACUCGAAGGCGGAAGUACUAGUAGCUCACGUAGACAAAGAUGUUCCCUUUUCUAUCUUUGGACCUGUAACCCUCACCAUCCGAGUUCCUGAAAGUGGAUUAUUAGAUGACCCCAUCACUUGUGUCAUAGCAAAUGACUUAAACACUAGUGGAGGUGGAGGUACCGUAGUACAAACUGGAGGAGGACUCAACGCCAAGUUUGUUCAACUGAAAAUAACUUCUCAGAUAUUGCAAGGCCUCAAAUAUCGUGUUGAUGUUUAUACAGCUAAGAAAGGAAAUUCUACUGAAGUGUAAUCGAUCAAUCCAUUACUUUGUAGAAAUCAAUGAUUCAUUAUAGAAAAAACUAAUCUUGGAUUAAAAUGAUAUAGCUCAUA